AUGGUCCACACGGGAGCUGUCACCCUUGCAGCAGCAGCUCUUCUGGCAGCUUUGCCUGUCAACGCCGGUCUCUAUUCGAAGAGCUCUCCAGUCAUUCAAGUUGAUGGCGAGAACUAUGAUCGUUUGAUUGCCCAAUCCAACUACACUUCUAUCGUCGAAUUCUACGCCCCGUGGUGUGGCCACUGCAAGAACCUCCAGCCUGCGUACGAGAAAGCUGCCAAGAACCUCGCUGGCCUGGCCAAGGUAGCCGCCGUCGACUGCGAUAAAGAGUCCAACAAGCCGUUUUGCGGACAAUUCGGAGUGCAAGGUUUCCCCACGCUGAAGAUCAUCAAGCCAGGCUCUAAAUCUGGAAAACCCGUCGUUGAGGAUUACAAUGGCCCGAGAACUGCGAAGGGAAUCGUGGAUGCGGUGGUUGACAAGAUCCCGAAUCAUGUCAAGAGAGUAGAUGACAAGACAUUGGAGGGCUGGCUGGCGGAUUCGAAUAACACGGCGAAAGCUAUUUUGUUUACGGACAAGGGCAAGACCAGCGCAUUGUUGAAGUCAAUCGCCAUUGACUUCAAGGGAAGCAUCCAUGUGGCACAAAUCAGAAACACGGACAAGGAGAAAGCGUCGUUGGAGUUGUUUGGAGUCACCAAGUUCCCAACUUUGAUCCUGCUUCCGGGAGGAAAGGAAACCGAAGGGAUUGUCUAUGACGGAGAGAUGAGGAAGGAAGCUAUGGUUGCUUUCUUGUCUCAAGCUGCAACGCCGAACCCAGACCCAGCGCCAGCAAAGGUCAAGCUCCCGAAGUCCAAGGACUCCAAAAGGGCAUCCAAAGCCAAGGAAUCUACCAACUCUGCUGAAGAUGCAGCAACUGCGACAGAGGAAGUCCUUGAGGAGGAAGCUACUGAAUCACCAUCUCCAGAAGUCGAGCACGAGAAGCCUAUCGUUCUUCCCGAACCAGCACCACCGAUCGAUAUUCUCGAUACUGAAAAGGAAUUGCAUAUCGUAUGCCUAGGUUCGAAGACUGGAACUUGUAUUUUGGUUCUCCUGCCAAACUAUCCCGACGAAGUUGGUGCUGCGGCUGUGGGUUCAUUCUCGGAGGUUGCUCACAAGCACAAGCAGCACAACAGGAAGCUGUUCCCAUUCUACGUCCUUCCCGAGAAGAAUGGUGGGUAUGCUCAGCUUAAAGGUGCUUUAGGAAUGGGCAACGGUCUGGAAAUUAUUGCUGUUAAUGGUCGACGAGGAUGGUGGAAGAAGCUCCCAAGUGAUGGCACAAUUGCAGCAAAGGAUGUGACUGAAGAGGCCAUUGAGAACUGGGUUGAUGCCAUCAGGCUUGGAGAGGGCGCGAAGGAGAAGUUGCCGGAGGGUUUGAUCCCAGAGGAAGAGGAGCCUGUUGGGGAAGAAGAAAAGCCAGCAGAGGAACCAGUCGUCGUUGAAGAGGUCAAGGUGGAUGAAGCGAAGGCUGAAGAGCCAACAGCUUCUCUCAAGCCACACGAUGAAUUGUAA